AUGUCUUCCCACUACAACUCCCACUACACCCUCCCUCUGCCCGUCCCCUCCCACAAGGGCCAACACUACCCAAGCUACAGCAGCACCUACUCUGUAUCGCCUCCAGAGACAGAUGAGUCCGUCAGCUCAGGCACCGGUCCAUCAUACAGCAACAGCGGCUACUCUGGCGGCUAUUCGGUGGCCAACUCCAGCUACGCCGGAAGCAACAGCGGCGACUACGAGAGCACCCACCACUCGGCCAGCGGUGUCGAUUUCAACGACUACAUGCAGGACCGCUUCGCCCAGACCUUUGACCCCAUUCCUCUCGACCGCAACAUUGCGGUCCAGGCGCAAACGUCCGGAAAGCUCAACGCAAAGCACCGUGAGCUGCUGGAGCUGCAAAAGAAGGCGCAAGCUCGUCUCGCAAAGACGCGCGAGCGCUUCAACGAGGGUUACCGCGACGCUCAGGACGUGCGCGCGGACCUCGAGUGGACGCAGAAGAAAGUCUCAUCGCUCAAGAGCAAGACUUCUCGCAAGCACACCAAGGAGUACAGCAAGGCCCGCGCUCGCUAUCCGUCGCCCGAGUACUAG